AUGUGUCGCGGGUCUGCGGGCACCUCGAAACGAUAUGGAUGGACGAACACCGGAUGGACAAGCACCGGAUGGACAAACACCGGAUGGACGCGGAUGGGCGAACACCGGAUGGAUGAACACCGGAUGGACGAAUACCGGAUGGAAAAACACCGGAUGGACGAACACCAGAUGGAACAACACCGGAUGGUGCCUAACUUCGAACAACUUUUAAUCGGAAUCGGAUUGCGAGUGCCUCGAAAAGGGAUGGAUGGACCAACAAUUAUCGCUAUCGGAUAG